CCGUGGGGCGGGUAAGCAGGCCUUUGGGCGGUCAGGCGCGGGGCGUAGGAGUGCGACAGCCGAUGGGAUCGGUUCCUGGCUGCUGCGUCCCGGCUGGCCAGGGGCGGCCUGCGGAGUUCUGGCUCGUUCCUCCGGGCUUUUGUCCCGUUCCGGGUCGGUGGCCCCGCCUGCAACUGCCUUUCGCGGCUCUCUCCACCCCUCUCCUCUCCCCGGGCCGGGCUUCUUCGGCAAAAAGGAUUUCGCUCGCUGUUCCUACGGUGACCGUUCCAUGUUUGUCUAGCGCGCCGCUCGCCAGAGAUAAUGAAUGGAGAAUUCUGCCCAAGGUCAGCAUUUAAUCGCAUCCCUGGCUGCGACAGUAUUACAUCUCUUGGAAUAUACAGCAUCGAUCGUCCUACUAAAAUUGGCUGGAGAUUGCCAGCACAUCGGACAUCUUCCAGCGACCGUCUUCAGUCACUGAAUGGAGUAGGAGACUCAUUUUGCAGUUUACUAUCUCCGUAAGCGGCGGGGCAAAGCGCGGGACCUAUUCGAUGAUUAGAUUGGGUCUUGUCCGCGUCCAUCAUCGGAAGGUUCCACGCACCGUCUGUUUUGCAGUAAAAUUUGCAAGCAGAGCCCCGCCUCUGGAAACGAGGAGCCUGAAGGAGCGGUGAGCAAAACGUUGCAUAUACUGCUCUUCUCAUUGGAUGGCUGCUGUGUCAGUCAUACUCUCCUCUGCUCCCGUUGGCGGGAAUGCUCUAGGCAGGUUCCAUGGUCUUCAUACUGCCUCCCCUCCCCCAAGUUGGGAUAAAGGCGUGUGACGUCUCGGACAUUUGUUGUUGGGUUUGGGGUUCAUUAAUUAUUCAUUAGGUGCUUGAAAGGGCUGCAGCGAUUGGUGGUUUAAAAGUCUGGUCGAUUGUUUCUUAGCUAGAGAUACGGGUCGCCCUCUACGCCGGUCGAGAAUUUCGCAUAAAUUAUUCAGAUGAGGCUUGGGGCGGGACCACGCAUGUUUUAGGCAAAUAAGCCGGGGAGGGAGGGAAAGCCGGCUACAAAUUAGCCUAAGUUAUUAAAGAUGGCGGCGGAGCGGAGUCGCUCCUCGAUGGACUCGCCGGUCCCGGCCUCUAUGUUCGCCCCCGAGCCCAGUUCCCCGGGGGCGGCCAGGGCCGCGGCGGCUGCCUCCCGGCUCCACGGCGACUGCGACUCGGACUGCAGCGAGGACGGCGAGGCGCUCAACGGCGAGCCGGAGCUGGACCUCACCAGCAAGCUGGUUCUAGUGAGCCCUACAUCAGAACAGUAUGACAGCCUACUUCGGCAGAUGUGGGAGAGGAUGGACGAGGGAUGCGGAGAGACCAUAUAUGUCAUUGGGCAGGGAUCAGAUGGCACUGAGUAUGGGCUGAGUGAAGCUGACAUGGAGGCCUCCUAUGCCACAGUGAAGAGCAUGGCUGAACAGAUAGAGGCUGAUGUCAUCCUCCUGCGGGAACGUCAAGAAGCUGGGGGCCGUGUGCGUGAUUACUUGGUCCGGAAACGAGUAGGAGACAAUGACUUCCUGGAAGUCAGGGUGGCAGUAGUGGGCAACGUAGAUGCUGGCAAAAGCACGCUUCUGGGCGUCCUGACACAUGGGGAGCUGGACAAUGGCCGAGGUUUUGCCCGCCAGAAACUCUUCCGCCACAAACAUGAGAUUGAAUCUGGUCGCACCAGCAGUGUGGGCAACGACAUUCUGGGCUUUGACAGCGAAGGCAAUGUGGUGAACAAGCCAGACAGCCACGGUGGCAGCCUGGAGUGGACAAAGAUCUGUGAGAAGUCCACUAAGGUCAUUACCUUCAUCGACUUGGCUGGCCAUGAGAAAUAUCUGAAGACCACUGUCUUUGGCAUGACUGGCCAUUUGCCUGACUUCUGCAUGCUCAUGGUGGGCAGCAAUGCUGGCAUCGUGGGGAUGACCAAGGAACACCUGGGCUUGGCAUUGGCACUCAAUGUGCCAGUUUUUGUGGUGGUCACCAAGAUUGACAUGUGUCCUGCAAACAUCCUGCAAGAAACCCUGAAGCUGUUACAGCGCCUGCUGAAGUCCCCAGGCUGCCGGAAGAUCCCCGUGCUGGUGCAGAGCAAGGAUGACGUGAUUGUUACGGCCUCCAACUUCAGCUCUGAGAGGAUGUGCCCGAUAUUCCAGAUCUCCAACGUUACAGGUGAGAACCUAGAUCUGCUGAAGAUGUUCCUCAACCUCCUCUCCCCCCGCACCAGCUACAGGGAGGAAGAACCUGCCGAGUUUCAGAUUGAUGAUACCUACUCUGUCCCGGGUGUGGGGACUGUAGUGUCAGGAACAACACUGAGAGGCUUGAUCAAGCUGAAUGACACACUGCUGCUGGGCCCAGAUCCCUUGGGUAACUUCCUGUCCAUUGCUGUCAAAUCGAUCCAUCGCAAGCGCAUGCCUGUGAAGGAGGUCCGGGGGGGCCAGACGGCCUCCUUCGCGCUGAAGAAGAUCAAGCGCUCGUCCAUCCGGAAGGGCAUGGUGAUGGUUUCCCCACGCUUGAAUCCCCAAGCAUCCUGGGAGUUUGAGGCUGAGAUUCUCGUUCUCCACCACCCCACUACGAUUAGCCCACGCUACCAGGCCAUGGUGCACUGUGGAAGCAUCAGGCAGACAGCCACCAUUCUGAGCAUGGAUAAGGACUGUCUGCGCACCGGGGACAAGGCCACCGUGCACUUCCGCUUCAUCAAGACCCCUGAGUACUUGCAUAUAGACCAGCGGCUGGUAUUCCGGGAAGGCCGCACUAAGGCUGUGGGCACCAUCACCAAGCUCCUCCAGACCACCAACAACUCCCCGAUGAACUCCAAGCCCCAGCAGAUCAAAAUGCAAUCAACGAAAAAGGGCCCCCUGACCAAACGAGAAGAGGGGGGCCCAUCUGGUGGGCUGGCAUUAGGGGCUCCCCCACCUGGAGAUGAGGCUUCCUCCUUAGGGGCUGCGCAGCCAGCUGCAUCUAGCAGUACCCAGCCACAGCCCAAGCCCAGCAGUGGGGGCCGUCGACGGGGAGGCCAGCGCCACAAAGUGAAGUCCCAGGGGGCCUGCGUGACUCCUGCCAGCAGCUGCUGAAUCAUCCCCCGGCCCACCUCACCACCCAAGGGAUCCUCAUCCUCUGGCCAGGGCUCCACCCAAUGGGUCAGAGCAGCUCUAACCACCCACUGUCCCCCCAGGCCAUAGCCAGAGCUGCCCUCACCAUUCCCCCACCCCCGUUUUCUAGGGGGGUUGUAAUUUAUAAGCUGAGGAAGGUGGCCAGACUUGCUGAGAACUGACCAUUUCCUGCCCUCUUCCCUGCCUUCUUCCUCACCCACACAUUUUUGUACAUCUGGGCCCUUAGUUUUUAUUCUUUUUAUUAUAUAUCUAUCAAUCCAUUUAGUGAGUGUGUGUAUGUGUGUGAGGUGCGGGAUAUUAGCCGGUCAGGGCCCGUCAGUCUCUCUCCUUUUCUCACUCCAUGGCUGGCCACCACCCUCAGGAGCUGUCCAUCUGCCUGUCCGUUUGUCCAUCUGUCUGCCUAUCUUGUGAGAGAAUCCUCGGGGCCUUUAGGGGAUGUCAGGGAGCUCAAAGAAUGCCUCGCCUUCCCUGUCCCCACUGCUCGUCUCUGUGCUCAGAGGCCCUUUCCUGGAGCUGGGACUCUGGGCCAAGGGGUGUCCAGGUUUAAGUGUUUGCUGCAGCCAGAGCAGGGAGCCCUCAAUCUAGGACUUGGGGGAUUUUAACAUGGCCAAGAGUGGUGACUUCCCUUUUUGUUUUCUUCCCUCUUCUCCCAGCUAACCUUUAUCCUCUAAAGCCCAAGAACAGAUAAUGCCAAAAGCUCUUAAGUUUUUACGUGUGGAUUGGAGGGUGGACUGGGGUGGUGAUUGGAUUGUAGGGCCCUCCCUACCCCCAAUUCUGUUACUUGCCACCAACCCAAAGACAAUCCUGUGUCUGCCUGGGCUGGCUUCAGCUACUCCUGGGCUCUGCAGACUCCACUGAGCCUGGAGGUGCUUGCCUUGCCCAGGAGCUGUGCCUGCUUGGGCUUUGGCUCUGAGUUUUGUUGGGUCUUGGGGCACUGAUUACAUAGGCUGGGCUCUGGGCCUGCUCAGCAUCAUGCUUUCUAGCAUCUCCUAUUGGUGAGGGUAGGGUGGGGACAUUCCUCUGAGCCAGGCUGGGACAGGAAUCCCUCCUUCCCCCCACACCCCACCAUGCCACCCCAACUUAGCUGUUUCAGGAGCACAGCAAUGCAAGGCCUGAGCCAGGUAGGGGGUGGUAAAAAGACUCUUCCAGGCUUAGUCAAGAGGGGUAAGUAAUUCUGGAAGAAUUGCUGCCUAGGGUGGGCGAUGGGGUUGCCUGGGCAAUAGAGGGAAACCUGGGCCCCUGCAAUAUGCUGGACUGAAACUCUGGACUGAAGCCCUCAGUUUUAGGGUGGACUGACAGCUGAGAUUUGUUCCUUCUCUAGCCGGGGCAGUCACCCAGCUGGCUGGGUCCUUCCUUAGCCUUGCCUCCUUCCUGUUCUCCAGCCCUUCUCUUUUCCUCCUGCUUCUCGACUGCUGGUCCCUUCUCCCCUUCCUCCAACGAUUUCUAGUUACCACUGACCCAUGGCCGUGGACUGAUUAGACUAGCGCACACAAUAAAAGUUGGUUCCAAGCUGGCAGUGUCUUGUACCCACCCAGCUCUCCUCGGAAAGUGCCAGCGCUCUGCAUAUCUUUGAGCCCCAGCAGCAGUGGAGCAGGGCAGGGCAGGGCGGGGUGAGCCCAGGUCCCCUGGCAGGCAGACGUGGCUUCAAGACCCAGGCUCCUGCACUAGCUACAUGAAGCAGGGCCAGUUACUAAGCUUCUCUGGACCUCAGUUUUCUCAUCCACAACAAGAGGCAAGACCUAGCUCAGGGUUCCCAUGGAGGGUCAAUGAGAGAAUAUAUGUGAAGCUCCUGACAUGGCGUUCUGGCAUGUGGGAGGUGCUCAGUCCGUGUCCCCACACUGCGUACCUUCCAUGCCACACCUUUGUUCUGGGCCCUCAGCUGAAAUGGGGCACGGGGGAGGGCAUCCCAAGUCCAUAGUAGGGGCCAAGAGCCUGGGGGACAGGCCUGAAAGAAAACAAGGGUGUUGGCAUGUUUUAGUCCUGUGGCCAGAACUGCUGGGUGGGGGUUCGUGCUUCUUUGUCUUUCAUAUUUUCUGCCAGGUACAGUUCCACUGUUCCAGGUAAGGAAACUGAUGCUCAGAGGGGAACUCUGCCACCCAGCAAGCAGAGAUUCCUGCAGCCGCCAUGCCCCCCUCAGCUUUGCCCCGUCAGCAGCUUGGUCUUUUCCUUCAGCCCUUAUCUGCUUGUCUGUGGCUGCUUCCCUCUUGCGCCUUGACUGGCCCUGGCUCUGCCUACAGGCUGCUGCUCUCAGGUGCCUUCCUAGCAGGAGUGCGCCAGCAUCCGGCACCCCUUGCACUCCCAGUCCCCGUGACAAGUGCUUAGCCAUGGCUCCAGGAGCAGAUGGAUGCUCGUCUUGUUGAGCUCUUUGGGCCCUUAUGAGUGGCAGUGGUUGCCGUAACAAUACCCUUUUCUUCAACUUGGGAAGCUGUGGUCACCACCCUGGCCCCUGCCCUCACACUCAGGAGGGUCGGUCAGGAUUUCUGUGGUCACCAGGCCCACACCUGCUAGCAAGGGCUGACUGGAUCAAGUGUUUUAUUGUCAUUAACAGGGAUCCUAGAGGUCCCCAUCAGGUCUAAGCCCUACCAAUAUCCAUCCGGAACAAAACACCAGCCGUUCUGUAGUUGAGAAAAGAAUAAAUUUGUUAAUCUGA